CAUCGCAUCAGUGGCUGUAAACGGUGCCGUUAGAAACGAAGUUUGGUCUCAGUCUCGGAGAAGAACUGUGUUGUUUUGGUGAAAUAGCUUUUUUGGUCAGUUUCGUCUCAAAAAUGGGGUGGUGUAGGAUAACAGUGACACUUCCCUUCUUGUUGCUGAUUUGGACAUGCAUCUCGGCUUUCAACCUGGACACGGAGAAUGUCAUUAUCAAAUCCGGAGACCAAGGCAGCCUGUUCGGAUUCUCUCUUGCCAUGCAUCGAGAGUUAAAGCCCGACAAAAGACAUCUGCUGGUGGGUGCACCCAAGGCAGCCGGUUUGGGAGCACAGAAAUCCUCCAAAACUGGGGGCCUCUACACAUGUGACAUCAACGCCCCUGGCACCUCUUGUACCAGAGUGCAGUUUGAUGAAAAACUGGAUAAAAAAUCGGAAAACAAAGAUGACCAGUGGUUGGGCGUAGUUGUGCAGAGCCAAGGUCCUGGAGGGCAGGUUCUGACAUGUGCCCAUCGCUAUGAGCAGCGCUAUUUUGUGAACACCUCGCAGGAGUCGCGUGACAUCACGGGCCGUUGCUACGUGUUCGGCCCGGACCUGACCAUCGACACGAACCGCAAUGGCGAGGGCGGCGAGUGGAAAUUUUGCAGUGGGCGGACGCGAGGCCAUGAGCGCUUUGGCUCCUGCCAGCAGGGCAUCUCAGCCACCUUCACCAGGGGCCACCACUACCUGAUCUUUGGAGCGCCGGGUGCCUACAACUGGAAAGGCAUAGUGCGUUUGGAACAGAAGAAUGACAGUCUGGCAGAUCAGUUCAUUUUCAAUGAUGGCCCCUAUGAGGUGGGCGAUGAGAACCAGCAAAAUGAAGAUCUGGUGCCAGUUCCGGCCAGCAGUUACCUCGGUGUGCUGUUCAUGACAAGUGUGUCUGGUGACUCUGAUCAGUUUGUGUAUGAGUCACUUCCUUCUCAGGUUGGGAUGAAGGAUCUGAAGUCCAGUAGCUACUUAGGCUUCUCUCUCGACUCUGGGAAAGGCAUCACUAAGCAAAACCAUCUGACCGUUGUCGCUGGAGCACCACGAGCCAAUCACAGUGGAGCCGUGGUGUUCCUGAAGAUCGAGCCAAACACGGCCACGAUGUCCACCGAACACAUCCUGGAAGGGGAGGGGCUUGCAUCCUCCUUCGGCUAUGACGUGGCAGUGCUUGAUCUCAACGCUGAUGGGUGGCUGGAUGUUGUUGUUGGAGCGCCUCAGUUCUUUAUUAAAGAGGGAGACACAGGAGGAGCCAUCUACGUCUACAUCAACAAGAAAGGAGCGUGGAAUAACAUUAAGCCCGUCCGCAUCGACGGGCCCAAGGACUCCAUGUUUGGACUGGCCGUGGAGAACAUUGGGGAUGUGAACCUUGACGGCUAUACAGAUGUGGCAGCUGGAGCACCUUAUGAUGGGGACGGCGUAGGGAAGGUCUUCAUCUAUCAUGGGGCUAAAGAUGGCAUCAUGGUGAAGCCAGCACAGGUUCUGACUGGAGGGAGUAGGGUCAAGCUGUUUGGCUACUCCAUGGCAGGUAACAUGGACAUGGACCUGAACGCUUACCCUGAUUUGGCCAUUGGCUCUCUGUCAGAUUCAGUAUACGUUUACAGGGCACGACCAGUCAUCAAUCUUCAGAAGGAGGUGAAGAUAUCACCAAAGGAACUGGACCUCACAAAGAAUAACUGUGGAGACAGCAUAUGUCUAGAGGUGGAAGCCUGCUUCUUGUACACAGCAAAUCCAUCGACAAUCAAUCCUGUAAUAGUGAUAAAGUAUAUGUUCCAGACGGAUAUGGCACGCAGGAAGCAGGGUCUUCCCCCUCGAGUGACGUUCUCCACACGUUCUUCAACGGACCAUGACUAUGAGAGCACAGGAACCUUGAAACUGCUUGCCCAGAACGCAAAGCAGUGCAUUCAGAACAAACUCAAACUGAAGGACAACAUUAAGGACAAGUUGAGAGGGAUUCCCAUCGAGGUAUCUGUGGAGAUCCAAGAGAGCAGUCGCAAGCGCAGGGCACUUCCGGGUCUCACACCCAUCUUGGACGCCAACGAGCCAACCAGUGUGCUCUCUGAGGUGAAUUUUGUAAAAGAGGGGUGUGGGAGUGACAACAUAUGCCAGAGUAACCUGGAGAUCAAGUACCAGUUCUGCUCAAGUGAAGCAAACAAAAACAUCUUUAAAACCCUGCCUAAACGUGGAAGCGUGCAGCUGAUCUCGCUCAGCGACCAGAAGGAAAUCGCUUUGGAGGUCACGGUGACCAACAAGGGUGGCGACGACGCCUAUGAAGCAGCCGUGGUGGCCUCGUUCCCCAGGACCCUCUCUUACUCGGCCACACGAGUGCUGAACACAGAUAAGCAGGUGGUCUGUGUAGCCAAUCAGAAUGGCUCACAGGCAGAGUGUGAACUAGGUAAUCCUUUCAAGAAAGACUCAGAGGUGACCUUUUAUAUCAUUCUAAGCACCGGAGGCAUCUCUUUGAAUACCACAGAGGUGGAGAUUGACCUGAAGCUGAAGACCACAAGUCAGCAGCAGGGUGUAAGUGAGGUGAAGGCCAGGGCAGAUGUGGCCAUAAAAAUGCUUCUCUCAGUCACUGGAGUGGCCAAGCCCUCCCAGGUCUACUACAGUGGAGUGGUCAAAGGGGAGAGUUCCAUGAAGUAUGAGAGUGAGGUCGGCAACUUGAUCGAAUACGAAUUCAGGAUAAUCAACUUGGGAAAAAGCCUGCAGUCGUAUGGGAGAUCCACACUGACCAUCCACUGGCCGAAGGUUAACGACAACGGCGACAUCGGCAAGCACCUCCUCUACCUGAUGAGCGUCACCUCUACUGGACUAGACAGCAACACCUGCGAUGGCGAGGUCAACCCACUCUUACUGAAAGAGGGUUCCCCAACCAGGGGCAAACGUGAAGUAGCCAGUGAGAAACCAGCAGAAGAAGGAAGCAUUGCGCUUCUUACGGACAAAAGGAAAAACAAAACUCUGUCUUGUGGUACGGGUGCCAGAUGCACUGACUUGAAGUGCCACCUGCAGGGGAUGAGGAGUAGUGCGGUCAUAAAAUUGAGAGCACGACUAUGGAACGGCACAUUCCUCGAGGACUAUUCCGACCUGAAUUACUUGAAUAUCCUGGUGACAGCAAAACUCACUGUCGAUGGCAAGGCCUCGAACAUUGAUCUGACAGACACCAGUGCAACGGCGAGUGUGACGGUGUUCCCUGAGCGGCGCAUGGCGCAGCACGGCGGCCUGCCCUGGUGGAUCAUCCUGGUGGCCAUCCUACUGGGCCUGCUGCUGCUCGGCCUGCUCAUCUUUCUGCUCUGGAAGUGUGGAUUUUUCAAACGUUCCAAGUACAACGAUAGUGUUCCCAGCUACAGUGCGGUGCGGAUCAAAAAGGAGGAGCGACACAAUGAACCAGACACUCUGGAGAAGAAGCAGUGGAUGACCAGCUGGAACGAGAAUGAGAGCUACUCUUAACACUCACUUUGUUUUCUGAAGAUUCUGUCUCCUGCUUGACUCAGUAAUGGCUUAAUAAUUUUGUGCCCCCCUC